AUGUUAAACAAGGAUUCUUGGUUUACCAAGCCAACUCCUCAAACGCCUGCCAAGCUCUGCUCAUUCUCAGAAAACCGGUUGCCAGAUGACCAAUAUUCCCAUGUAAACCAAACUUUUCAAUCUAAGGGAAGCCAUCACUUAAAAAUCAGUUACAAACCCUCCUACAAAAGUCACCAAAGGCGACUCUCACUAAAUAAUCCUUCAGACCUCACUUAUACACCUGAUGAGAUUUUGCACUCAUUUGAAACACCAAUUAAUAAAACUAUCGAUGAGUCGUUAGAAAACUCUAACGUCAAAAGAAAUGUAUGAAGCCAAGAAAGUAUAACUCCUAGCGGCUAUCGUUAUAAUUUUGAGAUUGCCUCAAAAAAUGAGCAAUUAUUCAGUCUCAGGAAAACAAAAAGAAAACGGGCUUCCCGAAGUCUUGAUAUGGACGUAAAAAUCCCUUAUAUUUCCAAUAUAACUUCACUGAACUACGUUUUUGGACACCUUUUAAAUCAGCAGCAAGAGCUUAAGGCAAAGCUUGAAAGCCAAGAAGGCAUCUUAUCCAAGCUUCAAAAUAAGCCUGUGUUUGCUAGACCAUUAAGCCAAAUUAACAAUGACCUAAACAUGCCCCCUUUAAUAAAUCGCCGCCAAGCUUGCACACCUUGCUUUGAGAAGCCUCAAGUUCCUAAUGAAAACUGUAACAUAGACUCAUCAAAACUCGUCACAUUUAAACCAGGCGAAAAUUGGAUGCCAAAAAAAUCAAAAUUUCCUAGGGAUAUGCCUAUUUAUAAUGACUUUUACUAUUAUUUUUUCUAAGAAAAUGCCUUUAUUUUUAUAUUAAAUUAGUAUAUUUUUUGUAGCCGUAGAAGAAAUGCUGAGAAAUAUAAAUGCUAUUAA